ACUUUCCGCUUUACUCAAGAAAAGGUCGUCAUUUUCCACCAUCUCUUUUAGCUUCUUAUUCCGAUCCCACAGCUUUUUUGAGUUAUUCAAGAUCCCAUGCAAAUUCACAAAUCAACAAAUUCCUAAUCAACCAAUAAUGGAUACCGCUAGCAGUAUUGGCUCUGCUCAGAGAGAAGUCAAGCCCAAAGCAGGGAAGGCCCCCACCAGGCUACAGAAGCACGCCCCGGCAUCUCUUCAGCUUGAUAAGAUUCCCGCCACCAGCCCUUUCUCUGGCGCCUCUGGUGAAACUCCAAAGGCGAUUCCUUUGCUGUCGCCGCUCGUUCUAUCCCCGGAACCAUUGCCGGAGACGGUGGAAAAAAGGUUGUCGGAGAGCGAGAAUGGUCAUGAGAAGAGAAGUCUGUGCUCACCAGCAGGAGGGUGGAAACAUCCGGCCGUGGCCACCUUCACCGAGCCGCCAAACCUGCUUGCUCUGCUUCAAUCACAAUGCGUACUGGUGGACAAUGUGCAGUGACAUUUUGGUGCUACAGCUGUAUAUUGAUUAAUGUUCUUCUGAUCAAUCAGUAUUUUUGUCGUGGUAGGUUUGUCAGUUUUGACGUUGCCGGUGUCUGCAAAUAGGGAUAAUUUCCUCCCUAUAUAUCCACCAUUUUUCUGCUUCUUUUUAUUGCAUUUUCUUGAAGAUGGCAUGCUUGUCGUCAUUGAUUUCUGCGAAUGUUUCUAAUGAUGUCAG